GCGACAACGACGACAACAACAACAGCAGCAACAACAAUGUCAGCCACGCAAACGAUGAUGGUACCCCACCUCGGAGGCAUCACCGCCUCGUACCGCCUCUCGUCCCGGUUCGAGCCCAGCAAGCCUACGCUCGUGCUCGUGAACUCGUUCCUCACGUCGGCAGCGCUGUACGACUCUUUCUUCGCCAACGAGGCCGUGACCUCGCGCAUGAAUCUGCUGGCGAUUGAGCUGCUGGGCCAUGGCCAGACGCGCGCGCACAAGGUCGAGCACUGGACGUACUGGGACACUGCCAUGAUGAAUCUGCAGGUCAUGGAGGCGCUGGGCAUCCAAAAGGCAUUUGUGCUGGGAACGAGCCAGGGUGGCUGGGUGACUGUGCGAAUGGCGCUGUUGAGUCCGAGCAAGAUCCUAGGCAUCAUGCCACUCGGCUCCUCGCUCGACUAUGAAUCCGAGCGUAGUCGCCAGCUCGGAUGCUGGGAGGCCCUAGAGCCUCUCGCCGCCAUGGUUACCGGCGAGCUUAGUGCAAAGAACAACCAACCUACGCCGGACUUUGCGCCUACCGACGCCUUUGGCAACUUCCUCGUCGAACAAGGCUUUGGACCCGAAUGUCCCGCCGACGUCAAGGACUACUGGAUCGCGCACCUGCAGAAUACCUACAAGGGGGACGAGGGUAGGAGGAGGAUGAGAAUGGCAGCUAUUUGUCUGAGGGAUAGGGAUGGCUUGCAUUUGAGGGCUGCCGACGUUACAUGUCCGGUUCUGUGGCUACAUGGUACCAAGGACACGGUGUAUUCUGUUGCCAACGCGCAGGAGGAAAUCAAGCUAUUUACUAAUUCACCAGAAGCACGGCUUGAAAUCAUCGAAGGCGGACAGCAUUUCCUGAAUGCAUCCAAGCCCAACGAAGUCAUGGACAAGGCUAUUGCUUUUGUCACAAAGUAUGCGCCGAGGGCGGUUAGUUCGUUGUAAGAAUAAAUAGCGGGAUUUAGUAUUACACAUGUCCUGUCUUGUAAGCAAGAUGCAUGCACGGGGGAGGGGGGGGAAGGGUUUCAAG